AUGAUAGGGGCUGGUUCAGUUGCAUGGGAAAGUUUGUGUAAAGCGAAAAAAGAAGGAGGUUUAGGCUUGCUGAAUGUGGCUCAAUGGAACACUGCAGCAAUGUUUAAGCAUGUUUGGGCAGUGGCAAACAAGAAGGACAAUCUCUGGGUGAAAUGGGUACAUUGUGUCUACAUCAAGCAUCAUAAUUGGUGGGAAUAUAAAGUCCCACAAACCAGUAGCUGGUACUGGAAAAAAAUGGUGGAUGUAAGGGAUAUAGUAAAGGAAAAGCUACAGAUUGCAGAGUUUACAAGAACAGAAUUCAAAGUAGCAGCUGGUUAUCGAGUCUUGGUAACUGAUCAUGACAGAGUGACAUGGAGUAAUGAAGUGUGGUCACGAUUAAACAUCCCAAAACAUAGUUUCCUAACCUGGUUAGCCAUGUUGAACAGGUUAAAAACUAAAGAUAGAUUGUACAGGUUCAAGGUGACAGAUUCUAAUACCUGCCCCUGCUGCAACAAUGCAGAAGAAAACGUUGAUCAUCUGUUUUUUAAGUGCCAGUUUUCCCAGCAAUGUUUGCAAUUGCUGAAGGAUUGGCUCAAAUGGCACACUAAGGCAGAGACAUUGGGUGGUUUGGUAAAGAUCAUACACAAGGCAAGGCAAAAUCGUUUCAGGAAAGGAGUAAAAGCAGUAUGCAUCACGGCUUUGGUAUACCUGAUAUGGAGAAGCAGGAACAAUCUGAUCUGGAAUGAUAAAUCUCAGCAGCCAGUAGAGCUUCUGCAACAGCUGAAGAAAAGUGUGAAAACUAGAUUGAUGGUUGUAAUGCCAAAAAAAGUAAAAAACAAAGAUAGGGAAUGGUUUGAUUGUCUGUAG